AUGUUUAAGGAUAGUUGGAAGGAGCGGUGUUGUAAGGAAGUUGGAGAGACUGAUGAAUCUAGGACUGAAGGAUUAGCAGCUCUAAGAAGGCAUCUCAGUGGAAAUCCAGAGAUUCACACAGUCCAGGCUGAUGAAUUUCUCUUGAGAUUUCUCAGAGCAAGGAAAUUCGAUGUAGAAAAAUCCUUCAAGCUGCUGAAGAGUUACCUGUCGGCCAAGAAGAGAGAUCCUGAAUUGUUCCAAUUGAGUCCUGCGGUUGAGGAUAUUGUCCACCUUAGCCAAGGAUGUCAGUGUAUCCUGCGAGGAAGAACCAAAAAGGGGCAAGCCAUCUUCGUUUCCCGUCCCGGCAAGUACAACCUCAUAUCUGACAAAUCUAAACGCGGAGGCAGACAGGCUGUGACAGUGGAAGAGGCGUUCCGGACGAACGUCCUUGCUCUGGAAUGGAGCCUGCUUGAGGAGAUGACCCAGCUUGCGGGUGUCGUUUCCAUCAUAGACAUGGAAGGCUUCUCAUUGGUCAAACACUCUGGAUUCCUCAACCCUUACCACACCAUGAGAACGACCUCUGUAGUACAGGUCAGUUAG